AUGGUGCAAGCGAUCCCCGAAAUAAGCAGGCAAUGGAAGGUUAUCGGUGAAAAUGGAUUAGAUUCUCUACAGUUUUCGGAUGAGAAGUCUCCAGAGGUUGGUGAUAGCCAGGUUCUAGUCAAAAUACAAGGCGCCACCUUGAACUACCGAGAUCUCACGAUUACUAAGGGGACAUACCCUUGGGACGUCAGACCGGACGUUGUCCCCGGGUCUGACGGCGCAGGCACAGUACUAGCUGUCGGAAAGCAUGUUACCCGAUUCAAACCAGGCGAUAAAGUGGUUACGGCGCUAGCUCAGAGAUACAUCGCAGGUCCACUCAGCGACGACCUUCCAAAGUCUGGGCUUGGUGCCGUACUCGAUGGCACUUUUCGCACCAUCGGGGUCUUCAGCGAGCAGGGUCUCGUCCCGCUGCCUCGAGGCUUGACCUUCAUUGAAGGCGCAGCCCUGACUUGUGCUGGCGUUACUGCUUGGAACGCUCUCUUUGGACUAUCAGGCAAGCAAGUCUCGGCUGGGCAAUGGGUUCUCACGCAGGGUACGGGCGGAGUAAGCAUCUUUGCCAUUCAAUUUGCCAAAGCCGUCGGAGCGAGGGUCAUUGCCACCACCAGCUCUGCCGAGAAAGCUAAACUUCUUGAGAAGCUCGGUGUUGACCAUAUCAUCAACUAUCGUGAGACGAUCGAUUGGGGAAAAGAGGCCAAAAGAUUGACCGGAGGCGUUGGCGUGGACUUGGUCGUCGAAGUUGCGGGACCAACGACUCUGAGACAAAGUCUUGUCAGCUGCAGACUAGACGGGACUAUCAUCACCACGGGGUUUGCUGGCGGUAACCCGUCUGAGCACGACAUGCCAACGUUUUUGGAUUCGUGGCUGAGCCUAGUUACCGUUCGAGGAACCGGCUGCGUUGUCACCAAGUACGACGACAUUGCGAACGCCGUCAAGACAUGCACCGAUAUCACGCUCUCUAACAUUGCUGCGCCCUCCAACGGUGCUAUCGAUCUCUCCAAGCUUCAGACGGGUACCAAGGUCACCUUCGACGGCACAACCACUUUUGCCGAUACCGUCGACAGCAGCUUCGACCCCAUCAUCAUCUCCGGAACCAACAUUGUUAUUACUGGCGCCCCCGGACAUGUGAUUGAGGGCAAUGGUGCCGCCUACUGGGACGGUCUUGGAUCCAACGGUGGUGGCGACAAGCCUAACCACUUCGUUGUCGUCAAGAAGACCACCAACGCCAAGAUCACCAACCUGAACAUCAAGAACUGGCCCGUCCACUGCUUUUCCAUGACCGGCAACCAGGGUCUCACCGUCUCCGGCCUUGUCCUCGACAACUCUGCUGGUGACGCGCCCAACUCCAAGAGCGGCAGCAAGGCCGCCGCCCACAACAGUGACGGUUUCGACAUCUCCUCCAGCGACAACGUCCUGCUCGAGAACAUCAAGGUCCACAACCAGGACGACUGCGUCGCCGUCACCAGUGGAACCAAGAUCACUGUCAACAACCUCUACUGCUACGGAGGUCACGGCCUCAGCAUCGGCUCCAUCGGCGGCAAGAGCAACAACACCGUUGACGGCGUUGUCUUUUCCAACUCCCAGGUCGUCAAGAGCUCCAACGGCUGCCGCAUCAAGUCCAACUCCAACACCACUGGCGAGGUUAGCAACGUCACAUACAAGAACAUCACCCUCACCGAUAUCGACACCUACGGCAUUGAUGUCCAGCAGGAUUACCUCAACGGUGGCCCGACUGGCUCGCCCACCAACGGAGUCAAGAUUUCCGGCAUUCACUUCAUCGAUGUGACUGGAACUGCCACUAGCGACGCCUACAACUACUACAUCCUCUGCGGUGACGGCAGCUGCUCCGACAUCACCUUUGAGAACACCAAGAUCACGGGAGGCGGCAAGACCAGCAGCUGCAACUUCCCCGCCAGCGGAUGCCCGGCAUAA